AUGACUUCUACAUCAAAAUCAAAGUCUACUUCAGCUCCAAAAGAGCGCUUCGUAUUUGACUGCGGUCAUCUUCUCCUAUUUUGCGAAAAAUUCAACAGAACGCCUGUUGAAGAACAAUCUGAAUCUGUUCUCGAAGUCAAAUUAAAAGAUUUGGACACAAGAUGGGUUAAAGUUGAAGCUUCUUAUGAAGAAGUCAUGUUAGCUUCUGAUGACUCGAUAAUUCCCGAAUUCAAAGAAGAAGCGAAAACUAAUUUUAAUGCAUGCGUAGAUGCAUAUUAUUUAUGCAUCUCUCAAAUUCUCGAUUUAAUUAAAGCUACUAGACUAGAUAGUUCUAAUGUAGCAGGGUUCGAGGCAACAGCCCGAUACUCACUCCCAAACCAACCUCUCACUCAAAACUUUGUGCCAGAUAACUCAAGUAACUGUAUAAAACUUCCCCCUUGCGAUACUGAAAUAUUUAAAGGCAGUUACGAACAAUGGCCAUCGUUUCGUGACAUGUUCACGGCCGUAUAUAUAAAUCACUCUAAACUCUCUUCUGUCACAAAAUUAUACCACCUUCGAAAUAAAACACGAGGUGAAGCUGGUGACAUUGUAAAGAGAUAUCCCUUAUCUCAUGAAAAUUUUGAAUUGGCGUGGAAUGCUUUAAAAACCCGCUAUGAAAACAAACGUGUUCUGGUUGAUAACCAAAUAAAACUACUUUUUAAUAUUCCACCAGCAACUGCUGAAGACAGUGAAUCAAUAAGAAGAAUACAAUCUUCAGUUAAUGAUUCCCUAGCAACUCUGAGUACUCUUGGGGUAGAAGUACAAAGCUGGGAUCCUAUUUUAAUACGUUUGAUUUCAACAAAAUUGCCAGAUUUUACUUUAUCCCUUUGGGAACAGUCUUUAACUUCUCCCCGUGAACUUCCCAAGUGGUCUCAAAUGUCACAAUUCCUUGUAGACAGGUAUGAAGCAGUAGAACGCAUUAACAGCAUAAAAACUUCAAAAAAUUCUUUUACUCUCACAAAUGCACCUCAAACCAAAAUUCAAACUUAUACAUCUCAAGAAAAUCUGUAUAAUCCCGAAUGUAAACUCUGUAACGAAAUUCACUCGUUAAGAACAUGUCCAAAAUUUAGGACAUUUACCGUACAACAGAGAGUGGAUUAUGUCUUUAAAAAUAAGUUUUGUAAUAAUUGCUUGGGUUCAUCUCAUUUUAAAGCAAAUUGCAAAAGUAAAGGAACUUGUCUCCAUUGUAAAAAAUCCCAUCAUACUUUGCUUCAUAUGAGACCAAAAAUACAAAAUCCCGCUCAAAUCCCAGAACACUCUCAAAAUAAUGAAGAGUCAAAAGAAAAUAAAAAUAUUACUCGUAAAACUUUGUCGAAUUCAGCUCAAACUGAACAAAAUAAAAAUCAAAAUGAACAUCCCAUAUGUUCAAAACAAAUUCAAUCAAAUUGUUCAAUGAGUAAUGAAAAUAUUCUCUUGCGUACUGCAUUAGUACAAAUUGAUCAUCAAGGUCAACUUUUUACUGUUAGGGCUCUAAUAGACCCUGGUUCUCAACGAACAUUUUUAACAGAAAAAGUGCGUAAUCGUCUUCAGAUGCCUUAUCAAAAUUCCCAAUUUGAAAUUAUUGGUAUUGGCGGGCAAAAACAAAUAGCGAACAAAGAAUGUGAAUUCGUUCUAUAUGCUAAAAGACACAAUUUAAGAAUUCCAGUUAAAGCUAUAGUAAUGCCCAAAGUCACUAAAUGGCUUCCAACAUAUUCAUUCGAAAUACCUAACUCGGCUGAGCUUUCUGAACUGGAUCUCGCAGAUCCAACUUUCAAUAAAUCUGCUCAAAUUGAUCUCAUUAUAGGGAAUGAUUAUGAACAUUUUAUCAAUUUAGAAGGUAUAAAAAAGAAUAUAUGUGGUCAAACUUCUGCUUACAGCACUGUUUUUGGUUGGGUUUUUAGUGGUCCCAUUAAAACCCAAACUAUCCAAACUUUUACCACUGAAGUCAUAUCAUGUGAAACUACAGAACUGAAUAACAUAUUAAAAAAGUUUUGGGAACAGGAAGAAAUUCCUACUUAUCAUCCAAAAACCCUUGAACAUGAAAUUUGUGAAAAGUUUUAUACUCAAACUACUACUCGUCAUGAGAAUGGAAGGUACGUCGUUAGACUACCAUUCAAAUCAGAAUUUCCCGACAAAGUUUCCCUAGGCUCAUCUCGAUAUAUUGCAUUAGCUCAAUACUCCAGAAUGGAGAAAACACUCGCAAAAGAUCUAGAACUUCAAGCUCAAUAUAAAUCAGUUCUGAAUGAUUAUAUUACUCUAGAUCACAUGGAAGAAACUUCUUCCAGUGAAAUUGUAUCCCAAGAUAAAUAUUAUUCCUUUUACUUACCGCACCACGCAGUUGUUCGCCCAGAACACAAAACAACCAAAUUAAGAAUCGUAUUUAACGCAUCAAGAAAAUCAAAAUCAAAAAUCUCGCUCAAUGAUGUAUUAUAUACAGGUCCCACUCUGCAAAAUGAUUUAAUCACUAUAAUCCUUAAUUGGCGAAAAUACCAAUAUGUAUUUAGUGGCGACAUAGAAAAAAUGUAUCGUCAAAUACUUGUUCACCCUGCUGAUAGAUCUUUUCAAAGAAUUUUAUUUCAAACUGAGUCAGAUGGACCAGUUAAAGAUUAUCAAUUGAAAACCGUCACGUUUGGCAUAAAUUGUGCUCCUUAUCUCGCGAUUCGGACACUUCUUCAACUCGCAUCAGAUUCCGAAUUAACAUACCCUAAAGCAGCAUCAGUUCUGCGAACUGAAACUUAUGUCGAUGACAUUCUCUCAGGAGGUUAUUCGAUUGAAGAAGCUCUUUCUGCCCAAACUCAACUUAUUGAAACAUUAAACUCAGCAGGGUUCCCAUUAAAAAAAAUUACUGCAAAUAACCCCCAAUUACUUGCUCAUUUGCCCAAAGAAAAUCUUUAUGAUUUAGAUUUCUUACGUUUUCACGAAGCAAGUUCUACAAAAACACUUGGCAUCAAAUGGAAUGCAAUCACUGAUACAUUUUCCUAUAGUUUUUCACCCAUUGACGAGUCCCAAAAAAUAACAAAACGUCAAAUUUUAUCAUCAGUAGCAAAACUUUUUGAUCCAGCUGGAUGGCUUGCACCCAUCGUUAUCAGAGCAAAAAUGCUGAUGCAGCAGCUGUGGUUAGAACACUUGGAAUGGGAUGAAGAUGUUUCAUCUGAAUCUCUUCAAAAAUGGAAUAGUCUAGUUCGAGAUUUAUCUCAUAUAGAAACAAUUUCCAUUCCACGCUGGUUACAAUAUACGCCAUCUGAUGAAAUUCAAAUACACGGAUUCUCAGAUGCCUCUAAAACCGCAUAUUGCGCUACAGUGUUCAUUCGAUGUAAAACACAAUCUUAUAAUACGUUCGUAAAUUUACUUGUAGCAAAAACUAAAGUAGCACCAAUUCAAACUGUUUGCCUUCCAAGACUGGAACUAAAUGGUGCAGUAUUGCUAGCAAAGUUGGUAAAUUACGUAAUUUCUUCUCUAAAUUUCAAUAUAAAAGAAAUCUUUCUUUGGACUGAUUCAUCCAUUGUGUUAGGUUGGCUCUCUAAACACCCAUCUUCGUGGGAAACCUAUGUCGCAAAUCGUAUUGCCGAAAUUCAUCGUUUAACGCCAAACGCAACAUGGAAACAUGUCCCAACACAUGAUAAUCCAGCAGACUUGGGAACAAGAGGUUGUAAACCUCAAGACCUGGUACACAAUUCGAUUUGGUGGCAUGGACCAUCAUGGCUAACUAAACCAUCGUCAGAGUGGCCUAACAGAAAUCCUUUAAAAACCCCAGAAUGCCCAAAGAAAAUAGUAUCAAUGCAUUCAGAAUCGCAACAAACAGAUAUUCUUGAAAGAUUUUCAUCGUAUAGCAAAGCCUUACGUGUUAUCUGCUAUGUUUUUAGAUUUAUUAACAAAUGUAAAAAAGUUAAUUCCCCACCUCAAAUCUCUUUAACUUAA